UUUUAAGGACAAAACCAGAUGAUCUGAUUUGUGACUAUUUUAGUCUGUUGCAUUAUGUAUGUCAAGAAGUGAUUGAUUGUGUCGUAGUCUACAUAAACUAGGUGUUUUACUAAAAAUUAUAAAUGUUUGUAGUAUAAUGCCAGGUAUUCAUCGGUAAAUUUAUUCCUUGAAGAAUCGUUUGUUUUUUUAUAUUAAUGAUUCUGUCAAAAUGUCAAUUUAGUAUUGGAUUUGACAUCUAAGUUGUGUUAUUUUUAGAAGUUACUCACAAUAUUUGGAUGUACUUUUUACAAAUAAAAAUAUUGGCCUAGUGAUUUGUUUUUGUAUAUUCGAAAGAUGGAAGAUAUUUUUCACUGGUGUAGAGAAGGUAAUGCGAUGCAAGUUCGUGUAUGGUUAGACGAUACAGAACAUGACAUGAACCAGGGAGAUGAUCAUGGAUUUAGUCCAUUGCAUUGGGCUGCUAAAGAAGGACAUUUCAAGAUUGUGGAGCUGUUGAUGCAACGUGGCGCACGCAUCAAUGCUACUAACCGAGGAGAUGACACGCCUCUUCACCUAGCCGCAGCUCACGGUCACCGUGACAUUGUUCACAUGUUACUGCGUAACCGUGCAGACAUAAACUUCACAAAUGAACAUGGUAACACUCCACUGCACUACGCGUGUUUCUGGGGCUACCAGCAGUUGGCUGAGGAUCUGAUAGCUCAAGGGGCUCUGGCGUCGCUGGCAAACAAGGAUGGUGAUACUCCAUUAGAUAAGGCUCGUGGCCCUCUUGCCAAGCGGCUACAUGAUUUAGCUGUUGAGACAGGCCAGGAUUUGAAAAAAAUUAAUUUCAAAGAUCAAAGCUGGCUUGGACUUAAAACAAGAAGCAGGGAUGCGACUCUGUCUCGCCAUAAGGGAAUCAACAUUUCUGACCUGGCUCUACAUACUCGUAUAGCUGUGUCCCCCAGUGGGGAGACAUGGCGGGGUCGCUGGCAGAAGAAUGACAUUGUUGCUAAGAUAUUGGCUGUACGCGACUGCACACCUCGCAUCUCCCGUGAUUUCAAUGAAGAGUUUCCGAAACUAAGGAUAUUCUCACAUCCCAAUGUGCUGCCAGUGGUGGGUUGCUGCAAUUCUCCUCCUAACCUGGUGGUGAUCAACCAGCACAUGCCUUGGGGUUCGUUGUUCACACUGCUGCAUGAGGGUGCUGGUGUGGUAGUCGACUCAGCACAGGCCUUGCGGUUUGCUGUGGAUGUGGCACGCGGGAUGGCCUUCCUCCACAGUCUUGAGAGACUAACACCACGCUAUCAGCUGAACAGUCGUCAUGUCAUGAUUGAUGAAGAUUUGACGGCCAGAAUUAAUAUGGCAGAUGCAAAAUUUUCUUUCCAAGAAAAAGGACGGUCUUACUACCCCGCUUGGAUGUCACCAGAGGCGCUGCAGAAGAAACCAAGUGAGAUAAACCUGGAAGCCAGUGAUAUGUGGAGCUUUGCUGUGUUGUUGUGGGAGCUGGCUACUCGGGAAGUGCCUUUCGCUGAUUUAUCUCCCAUGGAAGUUGGCAUGAAGGUUGCCCUGGAAGGUUUGAGGAUCACCAUUCCUCCCGGGAUAUCGUCCCAUCUCGCCAAGCUCAUCCGGAUCUGCAUGAAUGAGGACCCGGGGAAACGUCCCACAUUCGACAUGGUGCUGCCCAUUCUGGAUAAGAUGAAGCGGUAACUGACCUUUUCCUGUAUGUGAACGACAAAGAAUCUCGAUUUUAAGCAACCAAAUUUUCAGCUAAGGAUUUAAAAGAUUGUGUUGAGGUAAAAAUGAAAGCUGAGCUAAUUUAAAUUUUGGAUAAAUUGUAAGUGCACAGUGAAAAUUAUAGCAAUAUUUUUACUAGUUUAAAGAUUUUACUCAUCCUUUGCCUGUGUGUGUGUGUGUGUAUGCAUAUAAAACUCCUUGAAUUAAUUUUAAUAUUGCUUUUAAGCAAUGUAUCAAAACUAUCCACCAUUGUUGUUUUAAAGAUAUUCAGUAGUUCUUUCUGGAGAGUAUAAACUAUAGAUAGGAUAUAUAAAGCUUUAUAAAGGCAGUUAUUGACUUUAUGACCAGGAAGUCAAUUUUCCUGCUGAGGUAAGCAAAUAGAUCAUAGGGUACCAAAUACAGAUAGUAAUGAAACAGGAAACAAAAGAGGUGAUUAAGUUGCUUUCUGCUGCUUUGGACACAAAAACCUACAUUAUUUUAUUCUUGGUUCAUCGAGGUAAAACCACUUUGUUGGAAUCACAAAAGAUGGAUCAUCCAUAUUGAUACAUUACAAAGGGUAUAUUAUAUAGGAUUGUAUCUUGUAACUUGUUAAAGAUUGAAGUGUAUCAAUCAAUUUGUUUAUAGAAAAUCUUCCUCAAAAUAGGACAUUUUCUUGUAUUUAAUGUUUAAACGGCCACUGAUUAACAAUGUAAUGUGCUCAUUACCUUUACUUGAUCCUCAGAAUAUGAAUUUAUACAAUAAUUUCACUGUGCACUUGAGGGAAGAAUAUUUAUUGGCAAAAAUAUCCAAAUUACAAGCUCUAUAACAUUUUGUUCUAUACAGUUGUCAAUUUAAUAUUUAUGUGUUUACAAAAUCAUUUAAGUUUUAACAUUUAAUUUUAACAGCUAACUGCCAUAAAUGUGAAUUUAAUUAAUGUUGUCAAUAAUUAGUGUCAAUUAGUUACUGAUUAAAAUGGUGUUGUGUAGUCUUACAUUACUACGAACUUAGUUAUAGACAAUCUCAGUUAGAGACGGAAAUAAUCCAUUAACUAAUCAAUUAAUUACUGUUGUGUAUAUGUUGUAAUAAAUACCACGUUCAAUAAACAAUUAAAAAUUUAAUUCAAAAUAUUCUAUGUUUCUUUGUGGAGUGCUAUUCAAUAAAUAACUUUGGAUAAUUUUUUAGUUAUAAAUAUUUGUCCCUGUUCCUUGAUAAUUUAAAACUGGUAAAAGCUGAAUGUAUACUCAUAUGAAUAAGAUUCAAUACCUGAUAUUUUAGUAUAAAUAGAUUUUAUUCAAACAUUUUUUUGUUUUCACUUACAAAGUUGAAUUAGGUAAACCCCCUCUUAUUUGUUUUCAAUUUAAAAAAUCUAAAUAUAUUUAUAUUAUUAGACUCAUUUUUGAAAAUUUUAUUUUGUUUUGUGAAUUUAGACAAAAUAUAUGAAAAAAUAACUAUGUAUCUUUUUGUGAAUAUGUAUUAAUCACUUAUGUAUGACAUAAUUGUCAUCAGUCCAAUAGAGCAGGUUUUCAGAAAUUAAAUGUAUAGCUCUUUUAUGUCUAACAUGUUCUUCAAAUUCCAAUGUCUGAGGAAAAUUAAAAACUGUUAAAUUAGACAUGUAUUUACAUUACAUAGAAAAUCAUUAAAUGGCAGAGAUUUCAUUAAAUGUCUGUAUAAUUAAACAUUUUUUGCAGACAACAAUAGAUUUAGAACUGUUCAUGAUCAAUAAACAGUAGAAGAUGAUGAAACACUGUACAACAUAAUGUUAAGAAUUUAUUAAACCAGAAUUUAAUUAGCUAAUGUAUAUAGAAUAAGUUACAAAUGUACAAAGAACAAUGCCCAGUAUUGGACUGCCAUGGUAUUUAUUAUAGGAGUAAGUAUUAUAAUAUUAAAAAUGUCAGGUGAUUGAAGUAGUAUAAUAUUUAAUGACCAAGAGCACAUGUUACUUAAGUUUAUGAAAACCAUUAAUUAACAUUAACCAUUAGUACAUUUUCCAAAAUAUUCAGAUUUUUGUGCUUUGGGUUGUUCUACAUUAUUUAUAUUUUUCUACAUAAGGAACAAUUUACUUUUCAAUCGCCUUUAAAAUUUAUGCAUAGAUGCAAAAGAUUCUUAGAUUUGUAUUUUGGAACUGAUAAUUUAAGAAUAUAAAUAUUUUAAAAGCUAAUUGAUAAACAAUUAGAACUUUUAGGUAGUUUUAGUAUCAAAUAAAACAUGCCAAAUCUAGCAAAUUUUCAAAUCAUUGCUAAUGAAAAACUUAAGAUAUUUUUUCUGAAAAGAAAAGUUUUAAAGAGUGCUGAGCUGAUUCCCAAAAUGAUAUUUUAUUUGGCCUAUUGUAAUGCUUGCAGUAAAAACAAAUAUUUCUCAGGAGUUUUUAAUCAGAUACCUAUUGUAAAAGAAGUGGUGAUGGGUGUCAUGGGGCAACAGAUUAAUCUGUAGUUUUUUUUCUUGCAAAAACCAUUGAGGCCAACGAAUUGGUCUGGCAGUCCUCAAAGGUUUAAUCUUAAUUUUAAUCCUUAUUUUCUAUAUAUAUAUAUAUAUAUAUAUAUAUAUAUAUAUAUAUAUAUAUAUAUUGUACAUAUUAGAAUAUUCCAAUUGUAACAGAUACAUUUGUAUCAAGUUGUUAUUUUAUGUUUUACCAAAAAUUCAAUCUUACACAGUUGAUAAUGUUAUUGUAUAGGGGUCUUUGAAUGUAUUCAAUGUAUUACAUCAUAUUGUAACUGGUGCUUAACUCUGCAGGAUUCAGCUCACCACUGUUUAUUAUAAUAACUUAUUAACUUGCAGACGAUAAUGGUAACUUAACAGCAUAUUUUUUGAACCACCGUAAAGCUUACAUUUUAAUGUAGAUAGAAGUCAAUUAUUGCAUAUUUUACAAAGGUGCUGUAUUGCUGUGUUCAUUGCAUUAUUGUGCGAUUAAUCUUGCCUUUUUUAUUGACUGCAACUCUGUUUGAAAUCAAGUAGAAAUUAGGGAUUUUAAAAUGUUAUACACUACCUAGAAAUAUGUAUAGGCUUGUUGUAAUGUGUUCUUGUUUUAUAGCUUACAUUAUUUUAAUUUAUUGUGUAUUGUGAUUGUGCAAGUAAUUUAUUUAAUCCAACUUCUCUUUGAUAUUAAAGUGAAAAUGUGCUGAAUGUUCCGUUAAUUGAGAAGAGAAUACGUUUUGUAGUUUAAUUCCAAUAGUUAAAAAAAUUCAUUGUGUAUUAGCUUAAAGUAACUUUAAUGUUACAAAUCCAAUUUCUUUGUAGUUGGUUUCAAACAGUCAAAAAUUUCGAGCGUGCCUUGCUGUUUUUCAAUCGUGCUGCCACUGUCCCAGUAGUGUUCUUUGUGUAGUUUACGAAUCUGUCAUUGUAAUGUUUACUGUAUAAUUAAUAGUUUUAGUUUUAAUUGUAAUUUAAUAGUAUAUGUAUUUUGUUAUGUACAAAUAUUUUUAUUCAUUUUAUCCAUGCUUUGUUGCACUGAAGUUAAACAUUCUGUUAAUGUAAUUUCAUAUCUAGAAUACAUAUUUUUUUAUGUAAACAAGCAAUAAAUAAUUUAAGUGAAAUUAAAAUAUUUAGUGCCUUUAAAUGCUUUUUAGCUGCUUUACGUAUACUGAGAGAGCUACUAUUUCUUACAAAUUUAAAAUAGAUUUAUUACAAUAAAAUAAUUAUAAAGUUGUAAUGUACUUAUAAAUGUAACUCACAAAGAUGCUAGAAGCUGCUGUUGCUAAACUAGUAGCAUGUUACAGUUUAUUCGAAAAUGAUUUUUAAGUUUUUCAUAUAAUAAUUGUGUCUACAUUAUACUCAUAAUUCAACACAAUGAAAUAUUUUUUUCAACUAAUAGGAUAAGAGUGUUAUUCCUUAGUCUGUUCUAUGAAGAUUGGUGUUAUACACCAAUUUAUUAUUUUUAAUGUUGAUCCAUAAACUAAAAUAGGUUUAUUAUUAAUAUACAAUUUUAAACUGCAGUCAAGGGCUUAAACCUAUCCCAAUAUGAUUUUUUUAACAGAUUUAUAUUUUUACAAUGUUGUAAUCUUUUUGUUCUUGUUUGUUAACUAUUAAUAUUAUAUAAAACUAUAAUAAAAAAGUUCAUGAA